AUGCUAUGCAACGCGUUAGUACGUCUGUCAAAUGAGUUAUAUAAUCAAAAUGGAAAACAUGAUCAACUGGAAAUAAAACAAUUUAUGAAACAAGAUUGUACGAAAUUAACUGGAAAUGAUAUUCAAGAAAAAUGUGUUCAAGCUGUUGAUUUAUACUCUGCUGAUAUUUAUCGUCAUAUUGUUGCCAAAACUGAAUUAUCAAAAAUUUGUGCCUAUAUUCAAGGUCAUGAUAGUCUAUCAUCAUCAUCAGCAAUUGUUAUUCCAUCCGUAGCAGCUGAUAAUACUACAUGUGUAAUGUGUGAAUUUGUUAUCCAUAUUUUACAAGAAUUUUUAUCGGAAAAUUCUUCAGAAAGUGAAGUUGAGAAAUGGUUAGAAUAUGUUUGUCAAUUAAUGCCUACAACUAUUCGUUCGGAAUGUCGAUUAUUCGUCGAUUCUUAUGGUCCGGCUAUAAUCAGUGUUCUCGUUCGUGAUUUUGAUCCACCCAGUGUCUGUAAAAAGAUAAAAUUAUGUUCGUCAUCUGAUAAAAUACUCACCUUAAAAGAAAAUCAUUCAUCUCAUAUUGAACGUAAAUUUCCAUUAAUGCCAGCUGAUAAAGAUUUAGAUUGUGUAAUAUGUCGUUAUGUUCUCACUUAUAUCGAUACCGUAUUACAACAAAAUAAAUCUGCUGAAGCUGUUGAAAAAGCUCUUGAAUUAGUUUGCACAAUAUUAUCGGGUAAAAUGAAAGAACAAUGUGACACGUUUGUUAAAAGUUAUGGUCUAAUUCUGGUAGAAUUAUUAGCUGAAUUAGAUGACCCAAACGUUGUUUGCCAAUGGUUAAAUUUAUGCAAAAACAACAGUAAUUCACCUUCAGUUGUAGUACCACCUUCUUCACUAUCAGCCUCGGAUUUAGAAUGUUCAAUAUGUAAAUAUGUCUUGAAUUAUUUGGAUAAUGUAUUAAAAGAUAAUAAAUCGGAAGCAGCUAUUGUCGAUGCUCUGGACAAAGUAUGCACAAUACUACCGGAUAAAGAAAAAAAACAAUGUAUAAUAUUAGUUAACGCGUACGGACCAUUAUUAGAACAACUUCUUGCAGAAUUUAUAGAUCCAACCAUAGUAUGUGAAAAGUUGAAAUUAUGUACAAAAAUCGAUGAUGACCAAUAUCAUCUUGUACCGGUGAAACAACAGUGA